UUGAGAAGUAAUCACGUUAUUAAAAGCUUAAUAUUUUGUUUUAUGUUACUCCGAAUUUAAAAUUUUGUUUUUUAUUUACUAAAAAUUAAAUUCGAACUUGAAAAAAUUAAUAAACAAAUUUAACAUUUAAUAGAAUUUUUCGGAUUUAAUUAAUAAUCUUUUUCGAAGCUUCUUUUUUCAAUUUAAUAUUUUUAACGAGUUAAAAAAAAAAGGUUAAAAAUCACAAUAACGCGAUGAGGUCACAAUUGCUUUUUUUGGUUUUAAUGAGUUUAUUGAGUUUUGGUCUAGGAGGGAAAAUGCUUUAUAAAAAAAUUGCAGAUGAUAACGUUUAUGAACCAGAUUUAGUACCGAUAUCUUCAACUGUAAUUCCAUUAAGUGCAUUAGAGGUGAGUUAUGGCCUUGGCGGUAAACCAAGUGAGGAAUAUAAAAUGGCAUAUUUGAAGAAAUUAAUUAAAAAAGUAAAACAUGAAGAUGAUGAAGAUUUACAAGAUCCAGAUACUUUAAUUACAGCCAAGAAGAAAUAUAAAAAUCUUAAAAAAGAGAAAACAGUGGAAAUUAAAGAAGCUUUAUAAUAAUCAUAGCUUAGGUCUUAUUCUUGAUAUCAACGCUUCCCUUAAUUUAAUACUAUAAAGUUAACAUUUUUCUAUAAAUUUUAUGUAUUGAAUCAGAAAUAUGAUUUCUUUAUUAAAAAAAAUUAAGAUUAAUAACUUCUUUUUUUAUAUUUAAAUUAAUAAAUAAGUGUAUGAAAUGUAUAUAUGUAUGUAUAUAUGUAUAUGAAAUUGUAAAAUAAAAUUUAUUGUAAAUUAUUGUAAUCUGUAAAAACAAAAACGCACAAUGUAAUUCCAUACACAUUAUUCUAAAAUCAAAUGUAUUGUUAUCUAUUAUCCGAUCUAUUAACCUUAAGUAAUUAAUUUUUCCACGAUUUUUUAAUAUUUGAAAAUUAAAAAAAAUAUAAAAAUUUGUUCCAUUUCUAUAA